AUGCCAACAGCCCAGCCCCCGCCCCUCAACGUAGCCAUCAUCGGCGGCGGCCCCGGCGGUCUCGGCGCCGCCAUCGCCCUCUCAGCACUCCCGCACAUCUCUGUAACGCUGUACGAGCAAGCGCGCGAGUUGCGGGAGAUUGGCGCGGGGAUCCGCAUUGGCGCUAAUUGCUGGACUGUGCUGGGGUUGCUAGGUGCGGAGGAUGGUGUGAAGGGGCAUGUGGAAGAGAGGGUGCUGCAGAGGAAUGGGCUGAGUGGGGAGUUGCUUGCGGAGAAGAAUUUGGAUGGUGCGUUGAGUGGUGGAGGGAGCGUGAAGGAGAGGAGCGGGGUUGAGCCGCAGAGGGUGAGGAGGACGAGGUUGCAGAGUGCGUUGGUGGGUAAGGUGGGGGAGGGGAUUAUUAAGUUGGGGAGGAAGUUGGUAAGGAUGGAGAAAGUGGCGGGCGGCAAGGGGGGUUCGGUUGUGGUUGUGAGAGAGCACGUGUUUCGAGACCACAGCAUCAAGUUCACAGGCACGACUAUCUUCCGCACGCUCAUCCCCGCCUCAUCCGUAUCCCAUAUCCCUGAUAUGACGCCCGCCACAACUUGGUGGCAUGGUCCUACGGGGCACAUGUACAGCUCUCUCGUCGAUGACCCAUCGGAAUUAAGGCCGGAGGAGCAGAUGUUUGAGAUUGCUGCGAGAGAUGUGUGUGACCCGGCCACUGUGACGGGGAAGAGGUUUAGUUGGGGUGUCCCAGCUACUAAAGAACGUGUGGAGAGCUUUUUUACCGACUAUGAUCCGAGGGUGAGAGAAACGUUGGCCAUAGUCCCAGAGGGGCAGUGGAAAGAGUUCUCUGCGUUCGCGGGGCCGAGACUCGAGAAGUUGGUUGCGUGGGAGGGACGUGUCGUGCUGAUUGGUGAUGCGAGCCAUCCUUUAUCUGGCGCGUUUGGUUCAGGCGCCGCGUUUGCUUUGGAGGACGGCUGGAUUCUGGCUCGAGCUAUUGAGUAUGCGCGUGGAGACUUGCAGGCGGCGCUGGAUAUCUUUGAUGAGAUUCGGAGUCCUUAUUAUUAUAAAAUGUAUCAAUAUCUCGACCAGAUAAAGGCCAGUAUGCAGAACGCUAAAGCCGCGAAUCCGACUCAGAGCUUCGAGGAGAGUUUGGAAGCGAGGGUGAAUGCUUUUGGUGGGGAGGAUCGGCUGUCUUGGAUAUAUGGCAAUGAUAUCAAGGAUGUAUGGAGGAAAUGGGUAGACGGGAAAAUAGCAGCAAAAAGUGUGAAGUAG